CCCCCGGCGCCCAGGAUGCUGGGCCCCCGCGGCGUGACGCGAGCACGGCAACUCCGCCCCCUGCGUCUCUGGCCUCGCCGGCCUUGGGGGGAUGGUUCCAUCAUGGCGUCAAUGCAGAAACGACUGCAGAAAGAACUGUUGGCUUUGCAAAAUGACCCACCUCCCGGAAUGACUUUAAAUGAAAAGAGUGUUCAGAAUUCAAUUACACAGUGGAUUGUAGACAUGGAAGGUGCACCAGGUACCUUAUAUGAAGGGGAAAAAUUUCAACUUCUAUUUAAGUUUAGUAGUCGAUAUCCCUUUGACUCUCCUCAGGUCAUGUUUACUGGUGAAAAUAUUCCCGUUCAUCCUCAUGUUUAUAGCAAUGGUCAUAUCUGUUUAUCCAUUCUAACAGAAGACUGGUCCCCAGCGCUCUCAGUCCAAUCAGUUUGUCUUAGCAUUAUUAGUAUGCUUUCCAGCUGCAAAGAAAAGAGACGACCACCAGAUAAUUCUUUUUAUGUUCGAACAUGUAACAAGAAUCCAAAGAAAACAAAAUGGUGGUAUCAUGAUGAUACUUGUUGAUGCCACUGUUAUCAUCCUCCUAGCAGAAGAUAGUCCUACUGAGAAAAUGAGCACUUUGAUCAUUCAGUCUUUGAACUUUAACCUUUGACUGGAAGUGACCUAUAGGCAAUGAAGACUACUUCCUUUUACUGCAUUUUUACUCGUGUGCAUUCUGGGCGCAUGUUGAUCGCUGGUUCAGUCCAGGCAACUGACAUGCUUUUAUUAGUCAUACAGUAUUAAUGCAGGUGUCAGGAAAUGUCAAUAUAAUUCCAUUUUUUAUUUUUAUUUUUUUAAGCUUUUGGAAAAGUUCCAGGUCCUCAUGUAUUGUGCAAUAACAAUGACUUCCUUGGCGGUUUUGGGACGUUCAUUGCCGGCAAUGGACGUUAAACAGGAAAAAUUUUCAUUAACUCCUGCCACCCAAUAAUUAAUGCAUGAUAGGGCCUAUGAAAUGAACUUACUGGUUAUAAUGGGAUUAUAAAUAAAGUGAGGGAUCCAACAUUACUUUGAAAGUCACCCCAACUGUUUAUAUUUGGAUUCUAUGCACUGUGAUCCUAAGGUUUAACAGCAUGAAUUAACAUGCGUCUUUAAAGGACUGUAAUGAAAGAUCAUUGCGUAUUUAUUGAAUUGUUUAUAUCUGCUGUCAAAUUGUUUUGACAUGGAAGGUUUUCAAGUAACAUUGGCAGAGAGGUACAAUAUUGUUUAUCCCUAUGGUGAAAAUAAAUUCAUUUGUUGUAUAUAGUUCCUCAAUCUCUGGAGUAAAGGUAUGAGUAAAUCUAGGGUAUGAACGGUUGAAUCAAGGCUUGAUCUUGGAAGUAAGAACAAUGGCAGUGAGGAUGAAACUGCUGCAGUCCUUAAUUGGGGCUUGUUUGUACAGUAACGAUUUUUCCAAGUAGAUUAAUCUACACUCUGUUACUUCCUGCUAGCCAUCAGCAUGAGCCCUACUGCCUAAACACUAUUUCAUUUAUUUAUGUUUGAAAAAUCCAUAAAGAGUUUUCAUUUGCAAUUUUGUUUCUUUUGUUAUGUUUUAAGUCAAGUUUGAAUGUUACAGUACUUCAAUUGAAAAGCUUUUGUCAAGUUUUUUCUUGUAAUUUUUUCUUGUAAGUAUCAUUUUGUCCUUUAAUCCUGUACCCUAAAAUAAGAAAUACAUUUUUGACAGAGGCUUAAUGUUUUAACAAAAGAGUGUGGACAUUUUUAUUUUAAAAUUUAGGCAAAAGUACACUCUAGAAUGGUAUGUUUGCUUAUUUGUCUCACAUAACCGUACAGUUUUUCCUGGAGGGAUUUGUUUUAUUUUGUUUUCUUGUUGUUGAAAAGACUUUGCUUACAGCUAGAUAAAAUUUUUCUAUAGAAAAAAAAAUUGUUGAAACGUCCAAUUCUCAGUACCAUGUAAGUUAAUGAUAUUGCAACUAGGUUCUCUUUUUAAAAAGCAAUUAUGUAUUUUAUAAAUUACCUUUUCACAUAUGCAAAAAUCUGUUUCUACUACAAUGUUAUUUUUACUAAUGCCUGUUGUUGCACUCUUUUUGACAUAUCCUGCAGUGAAUAAAUAUAUGAAUCAAUUUGGGCUUAAAAAUAAAGGCCAAUUGGCUGAAAGGUUUGAAGUAUGUACCCCAGCAAAACAUCCAAUCAAUAAUUGGCAAGGAAUAUUUUCAAAAUUGUUUUUAAUCUCUGUAUAGAUGACAUUUUGUAGCUUUGUACAUGUUGUUAAUUAAGGGCAUAUAAUUUUACACUCUAAAAGUAUAAUUGCUGAACUCAGGGGUGGGUAGACUUCAAAAAUAUGUCUGCUGUAGAAAUAACUUGAAAAAAAAGAAAUUAAAACUAUGGCCAGCCACCAAAUUGUGGAUACUGUUUAUACUAUAGUUAGCAAAUAACACUUUUUAAAAUUAAACACAUUUUUUGUUCUUUCUUGACUAGAUACACAUAAGUUCUCAUAAUAGUCUAUCAGUCUUAUCAUUUGGCCUGUUUAACUAAGACAGAAAAUGUUUUUUGGGAUGCUUUGAGCUACUCUUAAUUUUUAACUGCUUUUUUAAUAUGAAAUCUGCAGCGGCAAAUUACGUAUUUCUCAUAUUUUACACAACUGCUCCAAACUACUGAUUGACUUGAUCAUUUUCAGGGGUGGGGGUGGGGGAUCUUUCUCCGUAUUGCUGGUCCACGUACUAAAAUUCUUUUAUAAAGAAAUGACCUGUGACAUUUAGUCACCAAAGGAAUUAAUAUGCCAGGUCAAAGAUUAACAGUGCUGUCCUGUAGAUUAUAUAGCCUCAAUUGAGUUUUUUAAAAUAAAAGAAGCAGUAUUUUAACAUACCUCUUUCUCUACAUAGAGAUACCAUAAAAUAAAACAAAGUAGAGGAAAGUAAAGGAAACCAAAUAAUUUCAGUACAUUUUAUGGUUUAAAGAGAAGAUAAGAUGAAAUACCUAAAAUAUAGGAAUACCAACCAUUCAGAAUUUGCAAUAAGGUAACACCUUAUUCAUUGCAGUACUCCCUUGAACUUAGGAAUUAUUGGAAACUCCUUUGCACUUCGAUUUAAUUAAGUUAAUUUUAAAUGUAAGUUAAACAUUAUUAAAAGACAUAAGACGUUUACCUAAGUCUUUGCUCUAGAGAGGGCAUUUAAUGGCUUUGUAAUAAUAAAAAGAAUAUUUCUCUGUAAUGUGUUGUUGAACAACAACCAGAAUACCAAGAAAAUGUACAUAGGAUUAUGCUACUUCCCUCUUUCCUUGCUCCAUGGGGCACUAUCUGCUGCAUAGGCCUACAGAAUUAUACUUUCAUAUUUAGACAAUAUGUACUCUCUAUUUAUUUAUUUAUUUAUUUAUUUUAAGGCCAUUCUUCUGGUUUGCCAAAUUCUAUUAAGACAGUGAUACAUUCAUUUCCUUAUUUUGCAUGCUUAGAUCAUGAACUUGGUGCCCUCUCAAAAAUAUUAUGUGAAGUAGGUAUUAAUGCCAUAGAUUUUAAAGAAAGAAAUGGUUUUCAGUUUUUUUAAGAUAAAUUUUUUAAAAUAAAUUUUAUGGAAUUCACCUCUAAAGGACUUAACUUGUAGUGGAUGAAUUCCUCCUUUUAGCUAGCAGGGAAAUAAAGCUUUUUUUAAUCCCCAAAAGAAAAUGCUAAAAUAGCUUUUAUAUACAGUUCAUCUGGAGAAAGAUCUUAAUCCUUAUUGUUUUGACUAGGUAUAUAAAUAUUUGGUAUAAAAUAACUAGGAUAGUUUUAUUAGUUUUUCCCUUCUGAAAUUUUAAAUAUAUGCAAAUAUAUAUCAUUAGAUUCCUGUGGCAAAUAAUAAUUUCUUCAGAUUCUAAAGCAGGUAUCUAGUGACUGCUUAAUUAUUUCCAGAUUGCAUCAAAGAUGAAUUGGCAAAUAAUGGAAAUGAGUAGUGAUAUGCAAAUGGUAUGUAACCACAUAUUACUUGUUUCUGGUAAUCAAGUCUUAUUUUUUAAAAAGCCUAUUGUUUUUGAGAAUUGAGAUAUUUAAAACUUGUUAAAGCUUCUUCCUAAAAAUAGAUGAGAAGAGGAGGUACUGUAUGUUCAGAAGUUUUUUAAAUAAAGAAUUCAGUGUCACUAGUUCUAAGACUUUAUGGUUACUGCUGCUUAUAUUUCUCAAUCUCACUUUUAUUUAGUUUUUUGUACAUAUUUUAGCUGAAUGCUUAGGAUUUAUUAAGUGUAUAUAAAUUGGUUUUCAAAAAGAACUGAGGCUUUCCCAUAUCUUUUCUGCGGAUUCACUGUUAACAAAAUCAGCUACUGCAUGGUUCUGUGUUAUGCUAAUGCCUUUGCAUGAUUAAGAUCUGUGAAGGUGUCUCUUAGUCUGCACCCCUUGGCCCUAAUCCUCUUUGCAGUCUUUUGUUUGUUUUUAUCUCUUUCAUUUUUCUUUCUUCCUUUCUCUUCAGAGAUGUCCAGUAUGUCAGUCUUCAGCAGUUUCCCUAAGUUUUCCCCUCUCCUUCCUUACCUCUCUUCCUGUCUUCCUCCCUUUCUUCCCCUUUCCUUUUCUUGAGGUUAGGGAAUCCAAAAGAGGAAGAUUAGUGAAAUUACAUCAGAAUUUUUUCUUUAAAAAGAUUCCUUCCUACAAAUAAAAUACAUAGAGUUUCUGAUACCUAAUUUCAGUUCAUCAGUAUGUGGCUAAAUUUGUUGAAUAAUUGCUUAAUAAAUGUGCUGUUAACUAGUAAUUUAGUUCCUAAAUACUAAUAUUGAGGGCAUUUGGUUUACUUUUUGGAUGGUGACUGUCCCAAAGCCUAAUUAUUUCCCAAAUGAAUUAAAUUAUUUGUUUUGGUAAAAGUGUCCAUUUAAGUUGCUAAGCCAUUUUGAGAUUUUUUAAUAAUUUGUGGGAACUUUUGUUUUCUCAGCAUGAACUGUGUAUUAAAGACAGGCCUGUAUGCAUCAUUAUCAUUAGAGGCCUUUGGAGUCUAAACAUGUACUUCAGACUUAGACCUUUAUUCUUAAAGUUGAAGUUCUGCUCCUGACUAUGGUCCUGUAAUUGAGGUGUUUAUUGGAUUUUAAUUCUCAAAUGGUAUUGGGACUUACAUUUAGGGAUGAAUCUCCAGAAUGGUUACAUGAAUGUCUUUUUUUAUGAAAAAUUUUUUAUAAAAUAUUGUAAUAUCUGAAGACAUUUUGAAUAUGUGGAAGCAAUGCCUGAAUAGAAGCUGGUAUAUUUUAAACAUGAGUAAAGAACUAAUUGAGCAAGUUGAGUGCAGUUGACAGUGAAAAAGAGAACAGUUUCUUGAUGCAUACAUCGUCAGGGUUUUGUGAAAAGUUUGCUUCUGCAGUCAUUCUAAGCUGCUUUCUCAAUGGCAAAGCAUGGUUCUGGGCUUUGGCUUAUUAGUUGUGAUAUCACUUGUCAAAUUUAGCAGUUAAUGGAAAAAUUGCAUAAUCCCACCUCUCUAAUUUUAAAGUGGAAACAAGUUGAGUAAGGAAUGUGGUUGAUAGAAACCGUGAAAAUCAAGUCUCUCUAUAGUUAACUACAGAUUAUUUAUAUAAAUAUUGAUUAGCAGGCUCGGGGUAAAAUAAUUAUUUGAAAAUAUUAAUAUAUCAGUUAUCUAUAGCCAAGAAUUAAGUCAAUGUUCAAGUUAAAAUGGGUUUGUUGUUUUUAGUUGGUACCAUUUUUCUCUCAAUAUUCAGAAAUACGAUUGUGCAUUUUAUUAAUAGGAAUGGAAGCUCAUGCUUGAGGGUUUGAAUAGGGUGGAUGUAUAUAUAUUUUAUAAUUCAAGUUGUAAAAUAUGUAAAGCUACUGCUUUUUGAAUAGAAUAUAAAUGUUAAGACAAAUCUAUAUAUUAUAUAUUUUUAAAUACAUGUAUCAAACUUUUGUUAGUUGAAUAUAAAUUACAUUGUGUGCUUUAUGGAAUUCAGUAACUUUUAAUAAUAAAGCAGUUGUCAU